GGGAAGUUGCUGUCACCGUCUGCUGUCUUUGCAGCCCCCAGGCCUGCUGCGGAGUGUCCAGAUCUGGAGGCACUUAGAGAGCUGCAGUAGCCCAGAGGUUCAGAGAGCCAGUGGGGCUGCUGGAGAAGCAGCCCGAGCACAGUGACAGUGACAGAGCAAAACUCACCGAGCCGAUCCUGUCUGCCCUGCGAACGAGCCAGCCGAGAGAGGGCAGCUCGCGGGUCGGCCAGUCCUCCAGCCCUGCAAGUGCCUCCCCCAUCCGCUGCUGAGCCAUGGCUGAGGGGGAAAUCACGACCUUCUCGGCCCUCACCGAGAAGUUUAACCUGCCUUCGGGGAACUACAAGAAGCCCAAGCUACUCUACUGCAGUAACGGGGGCCACUUCCUGAGGAUCCUGCCCGACGGCACAGUGGACGGGACGAGGGACCGGAGCGACCAGCACAUCCAGCUGCAGCUGAGUGCGGAAAGCGCGGGCGAGGUGUAUAUAAAGGGUACCGAGACCGGCCAGUACUUGGCUAUGGACACUGACGGGCUCUUAUACGGCUCACAGACACCAAAUGAGGAAUGCCUGUUCUUGGAACGGCUGGAGGAAAACCAUUAUAACACCUAUGUAUCGAAGAAGCACGCGGAGAAAAAUUGGUUUGUGGGCCUCAAGAAGAAUGGGAGCUGCAAGCGUGGUCCUCGGACUCACUAUGGCCAGAAAGCGAUCUUGUUUCUCCCCCUGCCAGUGUCCUCUGACUAGAGAAGUGUGUUCUGGGUGCUUCCCACUUUGGUUCACCCCAAAAUGUUCCCUGACCAUUGGCUGCAUUAACCUUCAGCCCACAGAGCCUGAAUUUGUCAGUAACGCGCUUCUAAGUCUCCAGCUCACUUUUCUGCUGAGCCCUUUCCCCAGUACACUUUGGAACAGAGAGACCAACGUGCUUCUAGGGGCCAACUGGCUGGCCAGUUAGGGUCUGGGUCAGAAUGUCCAGUUGCUCUAUGACACCGCUACAGGCUGAACCCCAUAGUGCAAAAAUGGGGCCAUGUGAAGUGUGGGUUUGCCACAUAGGUCUUUAUAGCUGCAUGCAAUUUCUCCUAUCGAGUCAGCCCUUGCUGCAAGUCCCCAAACACCUGCCAGGACACCUGCCCUUCCUUCUGCCAGCACCCCUCAGAUACUAUCAGCAAAACUAACAAUGAAGUUAGAAGGGUCCAGGGUUCCAUGAUGGAGACAGAAAUCCCCCCUUAAGCACAGAAGGGACUGAAAAUGGAAAGGGGGUGACAUUCUGAUGUAGAAUGAGGGAGGGAGGGUGAGGCAGGAGGGAGGGCAGCACAGAUCCAUGGCCCUGGUGGUCAUUACCAAGUUACAUAGGAGCAGAAAGCCUGUGAGGUCAGGGAGAAAACCCUGGACGUGGUUUCUCCAUAAAAGCAAGGCCAGCCUAUACUGGGGAAGCUUAUGUCAGUCUGCGGCAGUGAGUAUGUGAUUAAUGAGGAAGAAAGGGUACCACUAUCUGCAGGAUGCUAGCCUAAAAAAGGAUCAUUACAGAAGUGAGGAGGAAAGAAAAAGCGACACCAAGCCACGGUGUGCAUGGCCCCCAAGAUGCGGGGUUUUGGGUGUCUUAGCAUGGUGUCCCCCAACUCCAUGCGCACACAGAUCAUCUGGGGCUCUGGUUUGAACACUGAUCCCGAUUUGGUGGGGCUGUGAUGGGCUUUCUGUGUUUCCAACAGGCUUGCAGUUCCGAUAGAUGCUGUUGGCUUCCCAACCAUGCCGUAAGGACAUCUUAAAUGUUAUUCAAACACCAAGUUAGCUCAACCCCAACCCGCCCCCCACCUCUGCCUCACUGCAAACACACAUACCACAGGCAUCUCCCUGAACAUUCUGGCAGCAUCCAUGGUAGUCCUGCCUACAUUAAGGAACUAGUUUUUGAGGCACUUUGGCCCAGUGCCUUUAAAAUGCCCACUGAGAAGAUAUACAAAGCAUACUUCAAAAAAAGAAAACGUUAAACCCUGCUCUGAACUUUUCCCAGGAGACCAUUUCUGGUACCAUUACUUUUAUAAACAGGCUUUCCUGCUUAAAGUAAACUUGACCCAAGUGGCUAGCAAAUUAGAAAUGCCAUUCAUCUCUUAUAUAGGACACUGAAGCCAUGGAAAGGCCUUUAAUAAGCAAGUUCGAUAUACUGUGAGACUAUGUUUUCAUUACCUUUCUAUAUAGCUUAAAGGCAUUCAGCAGAUCAGUAACCAGCCUCUGAGAGUGAUAAUAGCAUAGGACAUAGAGGCUAACAUUUUGUCUUCCACAAUGCUGUCACAAUUUCCUUUAACAAGUGAGACCCAAGCAAUGCUAUAACUGUCGAUAAAAACCCAUGACAGUGUGAGCUCGUUUAACAUGAGCUGAAGUAAUUAGUAUUUGGAGAACAAUUCCCUAUAACUGAACUGUCACAUUUAGGAUUGGAGGAAAAUGACAGUUUGAAAGUUCAAAGUGCUCUGUACAACUGAGGAACCAAGUUAAUUGACAUUGUGGUUAACAGUCAUCUUCUGCUUUCUUUUGGCAAGAGAUUUCAUGAUUUUUGUUUGUCGGCUUCUCUAACUUGGGUAAAAUGAUUCUGUUUUGUUUUAGUAAGUCUUUUAAGAGGAUAAUGCAGUGUGGCUCAACAUCUCUUUAGUAUAAAUAACUGGCCAGUUAAAAGAGCCCAGAGAGGAAAUCUAAGAUAUUUGUCAUGGUCAGAAUUUUUAUUAUAUGAAUCAAAUACAAAUUAAGCGUCUCUGCUCACAGAUGAGAUGGAGCCUGUGAAUUCAGAGACCCAAAGCACUGCUGCAGAUUAUGACUUUCACCAUCAGCCCCUCCCCCACCCAUGGGUACUGCAGGCCUACUGUGUGCGAGGCACCGGUGUGGGUACUGGAGCCCCUGGGGACAGGGUCUGUUUUGCGCACUGCCAUAUCCCCUUCCCAGGGCAUUAUACGUAUGAUAAAAGAUGCCGUAGGUUCAGAUCUUUCAGUCACGUCAAAACACGAAUCCAUAGGUUCCUGCUAAAGAAACAACAAGACCUAGAAAUGCUGGCUUUAGGAAAAUUCACAAACCCCAACCUAAGAUCCCCUACCACAAAAGGCAUUGAGGACAAGCAAAGCAAAGUAGACCUACCACUUCCAACUUUAGCCCUGAGUCCGUUUUGGGGGGAGAUGGGCUGCUGUCAAGUCAGGAAAAGACCCUGUCCGUUUCUGUAGGAAGGGAGCAGCGGACAGUUCCCUGGACCAUGGGGAACAUGAAACAUGGGAACAUGCGCACUGAGCUCGCUCUUCCUGGAGUCUUGCAGCCAUCUGCCUGUCACGUGCCUCUCAUGAGCAUGCCUUCUCAAGAUGACUGGAAUGAAGUGGUCAAGAUUCUUCAAAGUGUGGGCAAAGUGUGGCCUUUUGAUAGUUGGUGACACAGCAGAGAUGGAACUGGCUGUUUCUCCCAAUGGCCAGCAGUGUGUACAUGUGAAAAGAUGAUUGGUGCAUCAAUGGUUGCUGUAGACGGGGCCCUUGCUUUGCAUGGAAGGCAGUGGAGCCCAUGUCCUCAGCUUUGCAGGCAUGCUACUGACACCCACCACGCUCCCCAGCCGCAAAGCAGACCUCUGGUGCAGAUGAUGAGAGCCUGUCAUUUUACACCACUCUUUCUCUUUCACUGUAUCACACUCUGCACCUUACGACCAUUAAUAAAUGUUCCGUUACCGAUGGCA